AGCCAACGAACAUGACCGAAGAGGUGACCAAAGCGCUGGCCACUCUGAUGCGGUCAGAAAUGAGGCUAGGCCUUUUGGAAAGGCUCAGGCACAGCGCACCAGUGCGCACACUGCUGGAAGAGGUUCAAACAUCCGUGUGGACUUGCCGCAUCGAAUGGUCGCAGUUCGAGCAGAUGUGGAAUCUGCUGGUCUCUACGCAGGCCAUCAUUCCCAUGAAGUACACCU